GCCAACCGCCAUAUAAAGCCCACAGAAGAAGAUAUCCGGUCUCCAUUUUAUUAUAGCUAGCAGCUCAUGUCGCAGCUACAAACAGGCGGUUCGACGGAAGACUGCAAACGGAUCGAAUAUUAGUGUUGGUUUUACAAUACGUUUCUCAUUCACGUUUGCGGAGUAUCAAUUUUUGUUUUGAAAAUUGAGACCUGUUGAAAUGGCAGAUCCAGCCAUGCACAGAGAUUGCCCUCUUGACUGCAAGGUCUAUGUAGGAAACCUGGGAAAUAAUGGCAACAAGACAGAGCUGGAGAGGUCCUUUGGCUAUUAUGGGCCACUUCGCAGUGUCUGGGUAGCAAGGAACCCCCCAGGCUUUGCUUUUGUGGAAUUUGAAGAUCCAAGGGACGCAACAGACGCAGUGAGGGAGCUUGAUGGAAGGACACUAAGUGGUUCUCGUGUGCGAGUGGAGCUGUCCAAUGGUGAGAAACGCACCCGCAACCGGGGUCCUCCUCCCUCAUGGAGCAGACGUCCUCGAGAUGACCAUCGCGGGCGUCGUGGUAGCCCGCCCGCCAGGCGCAGAUCUCCACGAAGGAGGAGCUUCAGCCGCAGCCGAAGCAGGUCUCUCUCCAGAGACAGGAAGAGGGAGAGAUCUCUGUCCCGGGACAGAAACCAUAAACCCUCAAGAUCAUUCUCUCGAUCAAGGAGCCGCUCCAGAUCUACUGAGAGAAAGUAAGAAGAUUGACGGCAAUCGAUGGAUGAACAAAUACAGCCAUCCCUCUAGCGAGUUGUUUCAUGUGAUGGACUUUAAAUGACCUCUGGUCAUUUUUGUCAUUUUUAUUUUAUUUUUAACAAUCAAAUGUUUAGUAUUUGCUUCUUUGUGACUUUCAAGGUAUCUAUUUCCUCUGUACUUUGUAAAUAAGUGGGUAUGCAGGUGUAAUACGUUACUGAAAGGGCUGAACUUGAGAACCAACUUCUCAUUCAAAAUAGCAUAUAAGACAUUGAUGUUAGUCAAACAUUUAUUCCAGUGCCCAAAAUUGACAAUAAAAAUGCAAGUAGGUACAUAUAAAGUCUGUAUCGUCCAAAACAGACUUGUGAGAUUUGUGUACAAGAUUUAGGCAUGACUUGAGUGUUUGAGUCUCUGUAUGUCUAAAAGUACCAGGUCAAGGAAAGGCCCUGUUUUAAAUAGUCUAGUGCUCACAUCAUGUUUCCAUGUCAGCAAGAUUUGUCUGGAGGUGGUAAAAGGCUAUGGUCAUCUAUUCUAUGUUGAUUAAUAUAUGUAUCUUGUUGUCUAGUUGAUCAAUAGGAUUUUUGCUGUUCUUCCAUUUCCUGUUGGUAAAUAUUUGUCAAUGGGAAUAAUGGCAGCCUUAUUCGGGAUGUUGGAAUCGAUUUGAGAAAAAAAGAUGCAAAGUACUGAAUACAAUUAUCUCAAUUUUGGCUCUACAAUAUUCCAUUUUCUUUUCCUUUGUACUAUUUGUAAUGUUCUCUGAAUUAAACUGGUUGUAGAAAAGUCUUCUGUUACCAUUUUGUGGGGAGAUAUAACAUUAAAUUGUCUACAGAC